GAGGUUUCAUUUCUGUCUUUGCAGUUCUCCCACAGUUGUACAAAUAUCUUGCAGAUCUCUGAUGAAGGCUUCGGCUUGCAUGUCUGAAGCUACUGAGCUUUGAGCGGUUGUUGAGCGUGACUUUGGCUUUUGCGCACAAUUAGCCUCCUGACUCGUUGGUGUCUGAUAGAAGUUAAACGACUGGUGUUUGAAAGUCGUCUUGAGUGUAAGAUAAAUUUAUGCCAAGCUCUUGGAAGGGAUAUAAUAAUUCUUGGGGUGUGGCCUGUUUAUCAUUUUCGCCGAUUAAAUGUCGUUCCGUAGCAUAGUCCGUGAUGUAAGGGAUGGUUUUGGGAGUUUAUCCCGGCGGAGUUUUGAGGUCAGGCUUCCAGGUCAUCAUAGGGGCAGGUCUCAGGCUUCAGUUAAUGAAUCGCAUGACCAGCCUCUGGUAAUCCAGCACAGCCGCUGGGCUAGUCUUCCUCCAGAACUACUACGUGAUGUGAUUAAGAGGUUGGAGGCCAGUGAAAGUACCUGGCCAUCACGCAAGCAUGUCGUUGCAUGUGCUGCAGUUUGCAGGUCAUGGAGAGAGAUGUGCAAAGAGAUUGUUAAGAGUCCAGAGUUUUCUGGCAAGCUCACCUUUCCAGUCUCUCUUAAACAGCCUGGGCCUCGCGAUGGAACCAUUCAAUGCUUCAUCAAACGGGACAAAGCCAACUUAACUUACCACCUUUUUUUGUGCCUUAGUCCUGCUUUACUUGUCGAAAAUGGGAAAUUUCUUCUCUCUGCCAAGAGGAAUCGGCGUACUACUUGCACAGAAUAUGUUAUAUCAAUGGACGCUGAUAAUAUAUCAAGAUCAAGCAGCACUUACAUUGGAAAGCUGAGGUCAAAUUUUCUUGGCACAAAAUUCAUAAUUUAUGACACCCAGCCUCCCUACAGUGGUGCCCAAGCCUCCUCACUAGGCAGGACAAGCAGGAGAUUCUACUCCAAGAAAGUGUCGCCGAAGGUCCCAACUGGGAGCUAUAACAUUGCCCAGGUUGCCUAUGAGCUAAAUGUACUAGGCACACGCGGCCCACGCCGGAUGCAUUGCAUCAUGCACUCUAUUCCUACCUCAGCUCUUGAUGCCGGGGGAAAUGUCCCUGGCCAGCCAGAGCUACUCCCUCGUUCCCUUGAGGAUUCAUUUGGGAGCAUAUCCUUUUCAAAAUCCAUCAUUGACCAAUCGGGUGAGUUCAGCAGUGCACGGUUCUCAGACAUCGCUGGACCCCAUGAAAACGACGAAGACGGCAAGGAGAGGCCAUUGAUUCUCCGAAACAAGGCCCCAAGGUGGCACGAGCAGUUGCAAUGUUGGUGUCUUAACUUCCGGGGGCGGGUAACAGUUGCCUCCGUCAAGAACUUCCAGCUGAUUGCUGCUGCCACACAGCCCGCAGCUGUUGUGCCAACACCAGCCCAGCCAGCAUCAUCGGAUCAUGACAAGAUCAUCCUGCAGUUUGGCAAGGUGGGAAAGGACAUGUUCACCAUGGAUUAUCGAUAUCCUCUGUCUGCAUUCCAAGCCUUUGCAAUCUGCUUGAGCAGCUUUGAUACCAAGUUGGCAUGUGAAUAGAAGAAAAAAAAGAUAAAAAGUAGCAGGUAAAUGGUGUUCAUCAUCUUCAUUAGGGUAGGAGGAUGGUUUUCUUAUAAAUAUAUCCAGAAGCUUUGUUAAAAGUUCCCUACACUCUUGUGUUGCAGCACAACUACUGCACGCGGUAGAAGGAAAUCCUCAUGUCACUCACUCACUCUUUUGUU